AUGAAUUUCGAGGUAAACAAGUCCAUGGAGAAACCAACUGUAGAUGGUCAAGCUUUUUGGAUUGGAGAGCUCGCAGAGACAAGAGAAGAAGUGCUGGAUGAACUCCUUCUUAUUGAUCCCUUGGAGCUAGCUUUGACAAAGCUGAGAAUGAGAAUCUCACCUGAACUAUGCACACAUCGCAUCAUCCUGGAGGAUGAGUCUAGUUCUUCAAUUGAACAUCAAAGGAGGCUAAACCCAAACCUAAAGGAAGUUGUCAAGAAGGAGAUAAUGAAGCUAUUGAAAGCUGGAGUGAUUUAUCCAAUAUCAGAUAGUGCAUGGGUCAGCCCUGUACAUGUCGUGCCAAAGAAAGGAGGGAUCACAGUCAUCAAGAAUGAACAUGAUGAGCUCAUUCCAACAAGAACAAUCACUGGACACAGAAUGUGUGUCGACUACAGGAAAGCUGAACUCCUCCACGCGCAAGGACCACUACCCCUUGCCAUUCAUAGACCAGAUGCUUGA